AUGGCAGUAUAUCGACAACAAGUAGAGGAGAGUCAUCAUGACUUGGUCAAUUUAUUGACUCAGCAAAUGACUACAAUUCUGAAUCCCAUGAUGGCUGAUCAUGAAUCAAGAUUCGAGUGUCUUGUUAGACAAGUUGAGAGGAUUACUCGAAUCGUUGAUUAUGAUGAAGGUAAGAGGCAUAAUGCCAGGGGAAAUAACGAAGUAAUGGAAAAUAUUUUUCAAAAUGAAAACCAGAUUCCGAAUCGAGAAAAUCCUCACGUGGUUCCCCGAGGUGAAAAUGCUGAUGACUAUCUAGCCGGAUUGCGUGGUGAUCGCUAUCAAGUUACUAGGAUUAUUGAAGAAGUGCUAAAUCGGGUUGGGCUAAAUGUUGGUUUUAUGAAUCAACCACAUUUUGUGUCCACUUUUCCCCAAGUGGUUCAAAUGGCUGAAGUGUUAAGAGGGGUGAAAAUCCCAAAAAUAACAACAAAAUUUGCUGGUGAAGUUGGAGAAUCAACUACUGAACAUGUUGCUCGUUAUUUGGUCGAAAUUGGGAAUCUAGCUAAUGAUAAAAAUUUAAAAAUAAAAUUUUUUCCUUCAUCAUUGACAAAGAAUGCAUUUACUUGGUUUUUGAAUCUUAGACCAAGUUCGAUUACAAUAUGGAAUCAGUUAAAAACUGCCUUUCACGCUCAGUUCUAUCGAGGUGAAAUGAACGUAGCAGUUACUGAUUUAGUGGCUUUGAAACAUGAAGAUGGUGAGACCAUUGAUGAUUAUUUAAUACGUUUCAAAAAUUCUAGAAGUAGAUGCUAUGUGUCAUUACCUGAGAAUGAGAUAGUGAAAAUAGCAAUUAUGGACUUGGGAUUUUAUAUGCGUAGAAAAUUGCUUAAUGUCUAUACUCCCGAUUUGGCCCAUCUGGCUGAAAAGGUUCGACAGACCGAACUUAUGAAAAGAGAAAAAGAGAAAUACAGGAGUGAACAGAGAUCGAAGAGUAAACCUUUUACUCGAAAAGAAAAGGUUGCUUAUGUAACAAUGAAGUCUUCCGAAGAAGAAUUCGAUUUCGAAACAGAAAUCGAUUUGGCCGAACUUAAGAAGGCCCUCCUUAUGUUUGUUCUUUGUUGA